AUGAGCCCAACACGCUUCCUCUGCGCCAAGGUGCUAGCUCGAGCGUGUCACUUCCCACUGACACAUCAAAUAGCUGGUACAGCAAACCUAGCACACUAG